GAAAAUUAGAAUUAUUAUAAACAUUGUAGAUUUUAAUAGUUUAUAGGUUAAAAGUCCUUUAUUGUUUUGGAUAAACUCAUAAAUGUUAGACCAUCCUCAAUUCAUCUCUGUUAAUAGCGCACAUUUCUGUUAUUUUUAUCCAUCGUAUGGUGUUCCAGAGUACUUUUUUGAUCCCUUUUUUUUUUUAUAUUUUUUAUAUACAGAGUGAUCCGCUAACUAUGUCUCACGUAAUAUCUCAAAAUUAUAAUUAUUAUAAAGAAUUUUUUUUUAAUCAUUUUUUCAUAUAAUACAGUGUGUCAGUAAAUAUAUAUACAGUGGAACCUCGAUUAACCGUGCUUCGAUUAUCCGUGUUCGCGAUUAACCGUGCUCACUCUUCCGAAAAUUUAAAAAUAGUUAUGGAUUGUACAUAUUAUGGCGAUAACAAUAUCAAGAUAAACAAUAUUGUAGAUUAUUACAAAUUGUAUUUAUCGUAUCACCUUCAGUUUUCUAUAAGCGUUCGCAACGUUACCUUAUCUAAUAAUGAGUGUUAAACGAAAACGUAUCGUUCUUUCUCUUGAGAAAAAAGUGUUGAUUAUUAACCGAGCUGUAGAUCAUAGUGAAAGUAUACAAAAACUUGCAGACGAGUUUGGCGUGGGUCAACAGACAGUUCGUGACUUAAUCAAACAAAAAAAUGAAAUUUUUAAGUUCAUAUCUUGUCCAGAAUUAUCAGCUACGUGAAAAACUAUGAAAAAGUCAUCAUUAUCAGAUAUGGAAUCUGCUCUUUUUGAAUGGUUUAAACAGAAGCGUAUUGAAGGACUUUCAAUUUCUGGGCCAAUAGUUUGUGAAAAAGCAAAAUGGUUUCAUGAAAAUUUGAAAAUAGAGGAAAGUUUUAAUGCUUCACAAGGUUGGUUAUUUAGAUUCAAAACUCGUCAUGGUAUAAGACAGCUGGACAUUCAAGGUGAAUGUCUCAGUGGAGAUUUGACUGCUGCAACACUGUUUAAUGACGAAUUCAAUUCAAUGCUUUCAAAAUUGAACCUGUCCCCUGAUCAAGUGUACAACGCAGAUGAAUCAGGUCUAUUCUGGAAAAUGUUACCCUCAAAAACACUUGCCGCGCAAUCUGAAAAAUCAGCUCCUGGACAUAAAUCUAGCAAAGAACGACUUACUAUUAUGACAUGUUCAAAUGCAACCGGUACACAUAAGAUCAAAUUAACUGUAAUUGGAAAAGCUAAAAAACCAAGAUCUUUUAAAGGAACCGAAAUGAAAUAUUUUCCAUGUGAUUAUUACCACCACCCAAAAGCUUGGAUGAACCAGGUUAUUUUUAGUGAAUGGUAUUUUAACGUUUUUGUACCUUCUGUAAAAAAAUUUCAAGAUGAAAAAGGUAUACCAAAAAGAGCUGUUCUUCUGCUUGAUAACGCUCCUUCACACCCCUCAGAAUCUACCCUGAAAACAAUGGAUGGUCAAAUUUUUGUCUAUUAUCUACCACCUAACGUAACUUCCUUAAUACAGCCAAUGGAUCAAGGCGUGAUUUCCUGUUUGAAACGAAAGUACAAAAAGAUAUUUCUCCGUUAUCUCUUACAAGAAAAUUGUUAUGAUUCAAUGAAAGAACUUUUGAAAACAUGGACCAUAAAAGAUGCCAUUUUCGCAGUAUGUAAUGCUAUAAUACUAAUUUAA